UUAUCGUAUUUACCUUGGUCCACCUUGAAUAAAGGAGGUUCCUAAACACCCUGGGCUGCGUUCUUCGUACUCGUACUCAGCGCCCCCAGAGUUUGGGGUAAAAACUGCAAGGCACUACACUAGCCUGAGGGGGCAAGGGUAACUUAGAGCUAGAGGACUCGUUAUCGAUAAGCAAGCAUUUCUGGAUAUUUUUUUUAAUUAAAAAAAAAGUUGACCGCUCGAGAACGACGCGACCAGUCGUGGCCGGUUCAGUACUCAUCCUUUCUCUAUAGUCAUGGCGCCUCCAACACGGACUGCGAACCCUCCAAAGUCCAUCCUCAAAAAGUCAUCGACUUCUGCCACUCCACAAGAAUCCCUCUUCCCGUCCUCGAAAAAGGACAAGCGGCGCAUCAAACAUGAACAGCUAUUGAAUAAGGUCACCAAAUCAUCGUCGAAGAAGCCCAGACGCAGGAGGCCGGACAAGAAGUUGGUUGCAACUCUUGAUUCCUUGGCUGACGCCUUGCCUACAGGUGACGGUGACGACGACACAACAGCACCAGGCGCAGCAGGCGAAAGGGCACAAGAUCAAGUCAACUUCAUCAAGCGAAAUAGCAUGAAGUCCAAGCCGGGUGCCCUGAAAAGACGGGAAAAGCUCGACAAGGGCGAAAGAGAUCGAUUUGCCAAAAACAUGGCGCAACUUGCUGCUCCGCGGCCAGCAGGCGGUGCUGACAAGGAGAACGAAGGUGACGCAAAGGGCGUCGGAACAGCAGUCCCGUCGACGACUGAACGAUGGGCGGCACUCAGGGGGUUCAUCUCACAAACCUUAGAAACAAAGCCUUUGCUGCGAAGCACGAAACAUGAACGAGGAUGAUCAGGUCCUUGACAUGACAGGGCAGUGCAUUUUGGAUACGAGCCAUGCUUCGACAAGGAUCACACCGUUUGGACUAUCGGUUCAUCUUUCCGGCGAGAUCUGGAUACUAUGGUGUAGCAACCUUCAUCUGGCAAGAAAAGCUUCGCAAA